UAGCUGCCACAGAGGAGCAAAGGCAGGGAGAAAGAAAAACCUUUCCACCUCGCUGGGGAAGACUUAAAUACUUUGCUUCAGAUUGAAGGAUUUUUCUGGCAGUGCGUUUUAACCUCUGAUACCCAUGGAUGCUGCAGAGUUCCGCAAGAGAGGGAGGGAGAUGGUGGACUAUAUUGCAGAUUACCUGGAGAAGAUAGAUAAAAGACAGGUCUUCCCAGAUGUGGAACCAGGAUACCUAAGGCCCCUCAUUCCAGACUGUGCACCCCAGGAUCCUGAGAGCUUUGAGGAUGUUUUUAAUGACAUUGAGAAGAUCAUUAUGCCAGGGGUGACUCACUGGCACAGUCCAUACUUUUUUGCCUACUUCCCUGCAGCCUCAUCCUUCCCCGCUCUUCUUGCAGAUAUGUUAUGUGGUGGAAUAGGAUGUGUGGGCUUCUCUUGGGCUUCAAGUCCUGCUUGCACGGAGCUAGAGACUGUCAUGCUGGAUUGGCUAGGAAAGAUGAUCAGUUUGCCUGAAGAGUUUUUAGCUGGGAAGGAUGGCCAAGGUGGAGGAGUCAUUCAGGGAAGUGCAAGCGAGGCCACACUGAUUUCCCUGCUUGCUGCAAGAACAAAAGCUAUCAGUCGGGUGCAGUCAGAGAAGCCGGAGCUAACCGAAGCAGAAAUCAUGGGCAGGCUGGUGGCCUAUGCUUCUGAUCAGGCUCACUCGUCAGUGGAGAGGGCUGCGUUAAUUGGUGGUGUGAAGAUUAAGAAUGUUUCUUCGGAUGAUACGUUUAGUGUUUGUGGUUCAGCUCUAAAGAAAGUUCUGGAUGAAGACAAAGCUUCUGGUCUUAUCCCAUUCUUUUUUUGUGCAACACUUGGAACCACAACUUGCUGCUCCUUUGACAGACUGUUGGAAGUUGGCCCUAUUUGUAAUAAGGAACAUAUCUGGAUGCAUAUUGAUGCAGCCUAUGCUGGAAGUGCAUUCAUCUGCCCUGAAUUCAGACACUUUUUAAAUGGAGUGGAGUUUGCAGAUUCAUUUAACUUUAAUCCACACAAAUGGCUCCUAGUGAACUUUGACUGCUCUGCUAUGUGGGUGAAAAAAAGAUCGGAUUUAACAAGUGCCUUUAAAUUAGAGCCUCUUUACCUGCAACACCACCACCAGGAAUCUGGCCUGGUAACAGAUUAUCGGCACUGGCAAAUCCCCCUGGGCAGGAGGUUCCGCUCCCUGAAGCUCUGGUUUGUGCUGAGGAUGUAUGGGGUCACAGGGCUGCAGCAGCACAUCCGCAAGCAUGUCAAGCUGGCACAUCUGUUUGAACAUUUAGUCCUUCAGGAUGAAAGAUUUGAGAUCUGUGCUGAGGUUGUCUUGGGACUUGUGUGUUUUCGUCUGAAGGGCUCAAACGAACUAAACGAGGCGCUUCUUAAAAGCAUAGACCAGGCCAAGAAGAUUCAUCUGGUUCCAUGCUACUUGCGAGAGAAGUUUGUGCUGCGUUUUGCUGUUUGUUCCCGCACAGUGGAAUCCACCCACAUCGAGUUUGCCUGGCAGCACAUCUCACAGCUGGCAACUGAUCUUCUGAAAGCGUGGGAGCCAAACCACCAGUAACAGCAAUGAAGUAGCAGCGGGCAGGAGGUUAACUGGCUUUCUCUGCACUGCCAACUUCUAUUUUAAGGGCAGGUGAGAAGGUCAAAUUACAAAGGGAAAAAAAAAAGAACAAAAUCUGCUGUUAUAUAGUCAAGCUGCAGUAGCAAAACCCUUGCCAGCAAGUCCUGUUGUAACUUUACUCAUUCCCUCUCUGGUAGUUUCAUCUUGCCUGUUUCCGGGAUGCAUAUAGCCACUGGAAGAAGGCUCAGCACUCCCUCCAUUGUCCCCAGUCACCUCUAGCACACCCAUGAGAUGUUACAACCAAUUCAUUUAGCAUUACUAUAACUUCAGAAAAGAAGCAGACUGGGGGGAGUUGAGUAGCCUGGUUGUAACACUGUUCAGGUGCUUUCUAAGUAAGCAUGCACAAGUGCUGCUGUCAUGAUUUGGGGAGCUAUCGCAUCAUGGCAGGCUGCAGCAGUUCUAUAAAUUAAGUUAGGACUUGGAAACUCCUUCAUUACACAGCCAGACAGAGCAGAUGAGCACUAAAUGAGUACUCUCUAUCCUUCUGGCAGGUCCUCUACCUUCUCCUAAAGGCUUUGCAUUUGAAGCAGUCGUUUUGUCCAGUCUCAGCAAGUAAGUUAGGUUAUGCUGGCUACAGAUUAUGACUGUGUCAUUCAGAAGCUGCCCCUUCAGAGCACUGUCCAAAGCCAUGUGCUAGCUGGUGUUCUCUAUUUUUCACUGACUCCUUAUAGCAGCCAGGAUGUGAAAAUACUCUGUAAGCUAUACUCAGUGAAACAGACCUGUCGCUCCUUUUUACAACUGCCACUCUGCUUUCUUCAUCGUGUAAUAAAUCUCUGACAAAACA